AUGGAUGAAACUAAGCCUAAUAUUUUAAUGCAAGAUUGGGAGGAUGAGUAUUUAAUUGAAACUGCUAUCGAAUCACCUCGAGUUUGGGUCACGUUAAACGACGAAAUUGAAAUACAAGAACUAAAAUCUGAUAGAUUUGAUGAAGUGCUUAAAAUUAUCAAGGAACAUUACAUCUAUGAUGAACCGUUAAUUCAAAGUAGUCAAAUGUAUACGGACAAUGGAUCUGUUGAAGAAUACUUGUACUUGGUUCAAACUUGGAUGAAAGACACACUUUCAACUGUUGCUGUGGAGCUGAAAACUGGAAAUUUAGUAGGAUUUCUUGUAUGCCGAUUCAACGAAAUACAUAAUAGAGAUCCUGAAUUCAGCAAAGAUAGGGUAUAUGAAGGUUCGAUAUUGAGGGAGCUGAAAAAGUUCAAACACUAUUUAACAAAAAGGGGUAAUGCAUAUAAACACAAUAACGUGGACAAAAUGUUAGAAGUGUAUUCGUGGUUUGUGCUUCCCCAAUACAGGAAUAAAGGAAUCGGCACGGAGUUGCUGAGAAACGUCAUGGAGAGACAACUACCCGAGUACGAAUGGUUCGACAUCCAAGUGAUCGGCGGCGUGUUCACCGACAUGGUGAGCCAGCGAAUCGCCGAGUCGUUGGGAAUGGUGACAUUGUAUGAGUUCGUAUACUCGGCGUGGACGGCCACCAACGAGAAGACCGGCGAACAAGAAGAAUUCUUCAAGAAAAUCGUUCGGGAAAAUCACUCGGCCAAAGUGAUGUCUGUCAAAGUGGGCCAGUCGUCGUCGGUUCCCAGCGGUCGUCAGUCGGGCGCGAUCGACGAACACGACAAUAUUGUUUAG